UAAUGAAAAAGUUAAAAUAUUCGUUUUGCAUAUGUAUCUGACAAACCUUCACAUUCCGAAGGCGUGAUCGUCCACAAGGUCUCGCUAUUUCUCGCGAGACGAUAUGUUACGUAGCAGCUUUUCAUACACCUCCAAACCAACUAACCUUCCGAGAACGGUGUUAUAUACGUAAGUUAAACAGCUUUCUGCAGGUAGCAGUUUUUAAGUCAUACGAGCGACUGUAGUAGCGCACAGCGUACUGUGCAAACUAGCAAACAGGUCUUCCAGCAGAAAUUGAAUGUCGAUACUUCCGUGUGUUUGUAGUGUGUGUUCAAGAUACUUAACAGCAAAUUAAAUCGCCCUGCAAGUGCUUUACCCUCGCUUGUCAAUGUCGUCCGAACCUCAUAUGUCGGCCAGCACCCACACAACUAAGCCUGCAGAACACAAGUGGAGGCUGAGUUAUGUCACCGGGGACCUGUUCUCCUGCCCUGCGCGUGAAGCUCUGGCCCACUGCAUCAGCGAGGACAUCCGUAUGGGGGCAGGCAUAGCUGUGGAAUUCAGAAAGAGGUUUCAAGGGGUGACUGAGUUAAAAGAGCAAAAAAAAGUUACAGGACAGUGUGCCGUACUGAAAAGCGAUGGACGCUUUGUCUACUAUCUGAUCACAAAGAAAAAGGCAAGCCAGAAACCCACCUAUGACAGCCUGAGACAGAGCCUGGAGGACAUGAGGUCACAUUGCCUGAAGAACCAAGUAUCAAGAAUAUCGAUGCCUCGUAUCGGCUGUGGCCUGGAUCGACUCAAGUGGACGAGCGUGUCAGAGAUACUGGAUCAGGUCUUCAAACACACAGACAUCUCCAUCACAGUUUACAGUCUUCCUCAGAAAGAAGAGACCACAGUGAUGAAGGAAAACAGACGCAGAUGAUUCAUGGAAAUGUUAAUUAUUGAAAUACUGAUGUAUAUAAAGCCAAGGAGAUUUUUUUUGUCAAAGUUGGAAACAUGUUAUUUUCUCUGUUAAAUAAAAUAAAGCUUUCUUUUUAUAAAAGAACCCACAUAAGCUC